CACGUGGCAGAGGGAAAGGGAAGGGCCUGGCGUCAGGUUACCAGGCAGCGCCCCUCUGCUCGGCCCACUGGCAAGCGCUCCCAGCGGCAGGUAUAAAAGCUCAGGCUGGCAGUCCUUGAACACUGGUGCUGAACCCCGCCGCGCGCGCUUUGAAUUUCCCAGCGGCUAAGCGCCUCUCCUGGUCGGUGUCCCAGGCAGAAGGGUGCAGAGACCCAUCUGACGCAGGACUCCAGGUAGACAAGCUCCAGCAGAGGGUGGCCAGAUGUGGUGCCUGGAGAGACUCCGCUUGGGUCCUGAGUGCCUUCGGCGGAGCGGAGACUGGCUUCUCCCGGGUCGGGCCCGUGGAGCCAAGUCUCGCACCACCGCCGCGUGCGCAAAUGUGCUCACUCCGGACCGCAUCCCCGAGUUCUGCAUCCCGCCGCGGCUCAUGCCCCGCCUGGCCUUGGCUGCACUCCGGAAUUCUUGGGUCGAAGAAGCAGGGACGGACGAGGGCGCCGGCCGCACGGACUGGGACCCGCGCUCGCAGGCCGCGCUGUCACUGCCGCACCUGCCCCGUGUGCGCACCGCCUAUGGCUUCUGCGCGCUGCUCGAGAGCCCGCACACGCGCCGCAAGGAGUCGCUCCUGCUCGGUGGCCCGCCCGCGCCCCGGCCCCGGGCCCACACCUACGGCGGUGGCGGCGGCCCGGACGCCCUCCUGGGGACCCUGCGCGUCCCGCGAGCUCCCGGCCCGGCCACCCCCGCGGCCCCCGGCUGUCCCCGCCCGCCCCAGGACGCGCUCGCCCGGCGGCCUCGCGGCUGCCGCCUCCUGCGUGUCCCCGACGGGCUGCUGAGCCGCGCCCUGCGGGCCGGGAGGAGUCGCCGCCUGGCCCGCGUCCGCUCCGUCUCCAGCGGGAACGAGGACGAGGAGCGCCGCGUGGGCUCCCAGUCCCCGGCCCGGGCCCCCUCCUCGAGCCCGCCGUCGUCCCGGGUCCCGUUUCCCGAGCGCCUGGAGGCCGAGGGCACCGUGGCUCUGGGCCGCGCCGGCGACGCCCUGCGCCUGGCCGCCGAGUACUGUCCGGGAACCGGGCGCCUCCGCCUCCGGCUGCUCCGCGCCGAGAGCCCGGCCGGAGGCGCCCCCGGGCCCCGAGCCGUCAGCUGUCGCCUCAGCCUCGUCCUGCGGCCGCCGGGCACCGCGCGUCGGCAAUGCAGCGCUGUGGUGGGGCGCAGCCGCAAGGCCUCCUUUGACCAGGACUUCUGCUUCGACGGCCUCUCGGAGGACGAGGUGCGCCGCCUGGCCGUUCGAGUCAAGGCCCGGGACGAGGGCCGCGGCCGGGAGCGGGGCCGCCUGCUGGGCCAGGAAACAAGGCCUCACUCUGUCACCCAGGCUGGAGUGCAGUGGUGCGAUCACAGCUCACUGCAGCCUCUACCUCCUGACGCAAGCUAUCAUCCCACCUUGGCUUCUCAAAGUGCUGGAAUUAUAGGAGUGAGCCACCAUGCCCGACCAGUUUCUACUUUUAUUAAAAUUGUUCACAGUUUUAUCCAUUCAUGUUCAUUAAAAAUGCUAUUUAGAAAAGAGUUUGAUAAAAUAAGUAUUAUACAAAAUUCGAAGAAAAAAAGAAAAGAGUUUCUGUUUCAGUCACAAAUUAGGGUUAUUGUGAUGUGUAUUUAUGAUGACCCAUGAACAAAUGUGAAGAAUACUGUGAAUUCUAUGACUCUAUCAAAAUCAGCCACAUCCAGAAGCUUGCAGUUGUUGACCAAAUGAAUGACAACAUACAGUAAUUCAGAUCUAUCAUGUGCUCUUCUAUCUAAUCAGUCAAUAUUUCCUUGGCCCUCAAGCCAACUUUCAUUUUUUAUGUAUAACUUUCUUCAUUAUUUUGAAAUUUUGGUAGGGUAACUACUAAUGAGUUCACAAAUGUAGCAUUUUAAAAGGAAAAUAAAUGGAGAGUGAAAACAAA